AUUUGUUUCUAGUUCUAACGACCGACCGCUUGAGAAGGUGAUGCGAGUGACAUCGCACAAGACGACUAGAACGGACACCAAAUGAAAGCCAGCACUCUAACUGCCCUCCUCAAGAAGGCUCGCCGCGCGCAACUGCAAUUAACCAGCUGGAUCGUCGAGACGAACCUCAGCUUGCUCCUUGUUAGGACUGUAUCUGCUCAGCAAACAAGCGAGUGGGCAGUGGGCACCAUGUUCAUCAGAGCCUUGCAAUUGGUUGUCAGGGAGAAGAAGAGCGGGGUCAUUGCGUCAGGAUGCUUGGGCGUCGUCAAUGCCUUCUCCUCUGCUUCGGCCGCUCAGAGUCAGAGGCUGGCUGGAAAGGUCGCCGUCAUUACCGGGGGCGCGAGCGGCAUCGGCAAGGCGACGGCCGCCGAGUUCGUCAGGAACGGCGCGAAGGUCGUCAUCGCCGACGUCCAGGACGAACUCGGUCACGCCGUCGCCGCGGAGCUCGGCCCGGACGCGGCGAGCUACACCCGCUGCGAUGUCACCGACGAGGCGCAGGUCGCCGCGGCUGUGGACCUCGCGGUGGCCCGCCACGGCCAGCUCGACGUCAUGUUCAACAACGCCGGCAUCGGGGGGAACCACGGGCCACCACCGCCGCUCGACGCCGUGGACCUCGCCGAAUUCGACCAGGUGAUGGCGACCAACGCCCGGGGCGUUCUGGCCGGGCUCAAGCACGCCGCACGCGUCAUGGUCCCGCGUCGCCGCGGCAGCAUCAUCUGCACUGCGAGCACCACCAGCUUGGUGGGCGGCAUCGCGGCCCCCGCGUACGGCGCGUCGAAGGCGGCGGUGGCCGGGCUGGUGCGCACCGUGGCGGUGGAGCUGGCGCGCUCCGGGGUGCGCGUCAACGCCAUCUCUCCUCACAUCAUCCCGACGCCGCUGGUCAUGGAACCCCUCGCCUUGUUGUUGCCCGGGAAGAGCGCCGAGGAGCUCAGGCGGCUCGUUGAGGUGGGCAUGAACGUGACGGUCGGGGGGACGGUGCUGGAGGUGGACGACGUCGCGAGGGCGGCGGUGUACCUGGCGUCCGACGAAUCCAAGUACGUGAACGGGCACAACCUCGUCGUCGACGGCGGUUUCACGGUGAGCAGAAGCCUCGAAAAUGCCGGCGGCAGCACGACGAGGGAGUGAAGGGAGAGCCGGCAGAUUUCGUGGGCUCUUCACGGAAUAAAAACUGCGUUCUUGACUUCCUGUGCACAAGAACAGCUCAGUGUUGAGCAACGCUGUGAUCGACGGAGUAUGUUGUUUCUUUUCCUGAUAUCUUUCACCAUACAACCAAUUGGCGGAGUUAUAAAACGAGAAAA